UGCUUUGAAGGUUAUGUACGUCGAUUGGCAGCCUUGAUUUUAUUUAUUCAAACGUCAAAAUACCAGUGAAAAGAAAAAUGGCCGCUCUUAUCAACCACUCUGUUCGGAGAUUUUUGCAAACUUCUGCUCGAAGGGCCGUUCAGGUCCAAGGGCCAUCUGCUGUUUCCGGUGGUCAUGAAGGGGGCUACAAGAUCUGGAGGAACAUGACAUUCUUUGUAGCAUUCCCAGCAAUCGCUCUGUGUGCUGUAAACUGCUACUUGGCCCACUACAAUCAGCCCCAUGAACGACCACCGUUUGUCAAGUAUGAGUAUUUGAGAAUCAGAACUAAGAGGUUCCCGUGGGGUGAUGGAACCCGCUCUUUGUUCCACAACCCCCACACUAAUGCUCUCCCUGAUGGUUACGAGGAUGAACAUUAGAGAAUAAAUUUUUAGUUAUCAAUUGUAUCUUGCAUUCUUAAAUUAAAUAAAGUAGUGGUAUUAAAUGUUA